CAAAAAGAUUUUAGUUGUCAAAUUUUAUCAUUUUAUGCCGGCUUUUGAUUUGUAAUCGUGGACGUAUACAAAAAUGAAAAAAGUUGUUCUAAAAUAGAAACUUUACUUCCGAUAAACUUACAAUAUGAAGUUAUAACUAAAAUAGAUUUUUGUACCUUAUAGGAAUCAUUUAUAUGUAGUAUCUAAGGUAGAAAUUCAAGAUUCUGUUAUAAACUCAUUAACAGUAGUGGUGUUUAAAUAUGUUGGGGCUUAAUAAAAAAGGCGUUCAAGUGUCUUUUCAAGGUAUCAAGAAACAAGAAACUCUCUUAACUAUAUCAAUUUUAGCUUUAGCGGCAGUUUUAUCAUUUGCCACUCGUCUAUUCUCGGUUUUACGUUUUGAGUCUGUUAUACACGAAUUUGAUCCAUACUUUAAUUAUCGAACUACAAAAUAUUUGGCUGAAAAUGGAUUUUAUGCCUUCCACAAUUGGUUUGACGAUAGAGCUUGGUACCCUCUUGGAAGAAUUAUUGGUGGAACAAUUUAUCCAGGUCUAAUGUUAACAUCAGUAUUUCUAUUUAGAUUAGGACAACUUUUACAUAUCGAUAUAGAUAUUAGAAAUGUCUGUGUAUUUUUAGCUCCUUUAUUUUCUUCAUUUACAACAUUGAUUACUUAUUUACUUACCAAAGAGAUAUUUGAUAAAGGUGCAGGACUUACUGCAGCAGCAUUUGUGGCAAUAGUUCCGGGUUACAUCAGUCGUUCAGUAGCUGGCAGUUAUGAUAAUGAAGGCAUUGCAAUUUUUUGUAUGUUACUAACAUAUUAUGCUUGGAUCAAAGCCGUCAAGACUGGUACUGUUAGGUGGGGGGCUCUUUCAGCAUUAGCAUAUUUUUAUAUGGUGUCUUCAUGGGGAGGCUAUGUCUUCUUGAUUAAUUUAAUACCGUUGCAUGUGUUAACAUUGAUGAUAACGGGAAGAUUUUCUCAUAGGAUUUAUAUAGCUUAUAGUACUUUGUAUUGCUUAGGCACUAUUUUAUCUAUGCAAAUAUCAUUUGUUGGAUUUCAACCAGUACAGAGUUCAGAGCAUAUGUUGGCUCUUGGUGUAUUUGGUUUAUGCCAAAUAUGUGCAUUUGUUGAUUAUGUAAGAAGUAAAAUGAGUUCUGCAGAUUUUCAAGCAUUAUUAUCAUUUGCACUGAGUACUGUAGGUGCUAUAAUAGGAGUUGGACUGAUAAUUUUAGCUCUCUCAGGGAAAAUAGCUCCAUGGACGGGAAGAUUUUAUGCAUUAUUAGAUCCUUCCUAUGCUAAAAACCACAUUCCUAUCAUAGCUUCAGUGUCUGAACAUCAACCAACAGCCUGGUCUUCAUUUUUCUUUGACCUGCAUCUUUUGGCAAUGCUUUUACCAGCUGGAUUGUAUCUGUGUUUUAAGGAUCCAUCAGAUGCCAAAUUUUUCCUUGCUCUUUAUGGUGCUACUGCCGUUUAUUUUGCCGGUGUUAUGGUGCGUUUAAUGUUGGUACUGGCCCCUGCUGCCUGUGCGUUAUCUGGUGCUGGAUUAAGUAGACUCUUAAGCAAGUUUUUAACUCCAGCAGUUCAAACACAACGCCAAAAAAAGUCUGCUCCGCCUGCCCCAACUAGAGGUCCAGUGGCGCUGUCAUUCGCCGUAUUGUCGAUCGCCCUCUUGAGUGCUUACACUUUCCACUGCACCUGGGUCACCAGUGAAGCCUAUAGCUCUCCUUCCAUAGUUCUCAGCGCCCGAGCACACGACGGUUCUAGGAUAAUAUUUGACGAUUUCAGAGAAGCGUACGGAUGGUUGAGAUCAAAUACCCCUCCCGAUGCCCGUAUCAUGUCCUGGUGGGAUUACGGCUACCAAAUAACCGCGAUGGCCAACCGGACAGUCUUGGUCGAUAACAACACUUGGAACAACACCCACAUCAGCCGGGUGGGUCAAGCAAUGGCCAGCGGAGAAGAAAAAGCUCUAGAAAUAAUGCGGGAACUCGACGUAGAUUACGUUUUGGUGAUUUUCGGUGGACUAACAGGUUACUCCUCUGACGACAUCAACAAGUUUCUGUGGAUGGUUAGGAUCGGGGGAAGCACAGAAAAAGGCAAACACAUCCACGAAUCCGAUUACUACUCGCCCAGUGGAGAAUUCAGAGUAGACAAAGAAGGAGCUCCAGCCUUGCUAAACUGUCUCAUGUACAAAAUGUGCUAUUAUAGAUUUGGAAAGGUGCACACUGAAGGUGGAAGGCCACAAGGGUGGGACAGAGUUAGAGGUGCAGAAAUAGGAAAUAAAGAUUUUGAAUUGGACGUAUUAGAAGAAGCGUAUACAACAGAACACUGGUUAGUAAGAAUAUACAAAGUUAAAGAUCUGCCUAAUAGAGGUUCGUUGUAAGAUAAUCUCGAAUUUUUUCUCUCAUUUUAUUGUUAUUAUUUAAUAUAUCUUUAUUCUUAAAGAUGACUUUUUGGUUACAUUUAAAUUUAUAACUAUCUAAAUAUUUUCUAGUUUUUUAUUGGUACUUAUAUUUGAAGAAUUUUGUUUUUUAUAAUCUUAAUAUCAACUCCCCAUGUAUUAUUUCUGAGAUUAUUAUAUUGACAGUUUCAUGUAUCAUUCCUUAUUUCUUUUUUGGUUUACAAAAGAAACUGAUAAUAGCUCAACUAAGUGAAGUUUCUAAUU